AUGCCACCACCACCACCGCCCUAUGGCUAUGAAGAUCCAUAUCGCCAUCGCCAUCAUCAUCACCAUCAUCGCCCAGGUAUCGAAAUUGAUAUUUUUCCCGGCUGGAAUCGUCCAUACUAUCCUCCACCUCCCCCACCGCCUCCAAGAGCUGAGGUGGUAGUGGUCACACCGGCAGCCACCUAUGUGCCGCCACAAGCUCCUGGCCAGUACUAUAACAACGGUGCCUACUACAAUAAUGGAUACAACAACGGAUAUAACAAUGGAUACAACAAUGGCAACAACAACCCUCCCUAUCCCCGAUGGUAG